UGGAGAAAGUGAGCGACUUCCGGGACACAUGCACAUGUUACAGCAUCUGACGGGUUUAGUUGCCAUGAUGAAGCUGACAAUCAGUAAAGUGACGGGAAGAGCUCGCCUUGGAGUCAUCACAAGCCUAGGACAGAGCGGGGAGAAGUCCCUGGAGGUUCCUGGAUGUCUCCUGUACACGAAGACGGCAUCUCCACCGCAUCUCACCCACGAUACACUGCAGACCAUCGAAGGAGUCCCCCCUGUCACUCAUGUCACACUCUCCUCACUGGCUGAACAUCAGGAGGUGCUAGAGGAGUAUAAAGAAGGAAUUGGGAAGUUUGCUGGUCUGUCAGACGCAGUCUUGUAUUGUUCUGUCAGUGACCCCGUCACCCCCAGCCCCAACGGAUACAACACCAACAAGACAGUGUCAGUGUGGGGUUCUGGAGGGCGGAUCGAGCUGACCCCUCAGAAGUUCAUGUCCAUCCAGAGCGCUCUGAAGGUGGACUGGUUCCAGUGUCUGGCCGAUGGUGAGGUGAUGCCCAGCGGCUGCUCCAGGAAGAGGGCAAAGAAGUCGGUUGACCGCUCCCUGAGCUUUUUGGAUGAAUGUCUUCAGCUACUGGCAAAGAACGAUGUACUGAAGGAUAAGGUUGUGAUCGGGGCCAUUGAAGGAGGCGACCUCCUGGACGAGAGGCUGAGGUCGGCACGCGAGACAGCAAAGAGGCCUGUGGGAGGAUUCUUAUUGGAUGCAUUCCAGGGGACCGCGAUGACCCAGGAAACAAAACUGAACCUCAUCUCGUCUGUAACGGCAGAGCUGCCAGAGGAGAAGCCAAGGUUCAUACACGGUGUUGGGCGGCCAGACGAGGUUCUAAACUGUGUUGAGCUCGGCGUGGAUUUGUUUGACAGCAGUUUCCCUUAUGAGGUGGCUGAGAGAGGCUGCGCCCUGUCCUUCGAUCACCAGUACGAGCCGGACCCAGAGACUGCAGGUGGACAUCCAAGUCCUGACCGUACCCCAGAGUUUAAUGUUCUAGACAAAGCCGAGCUCUGUGAUGUAGAGAAGAACAGGGAAGAUCAGACGGAGAAUGAUAAGCUAGAGCUGGACCAAUCCCAGAUGACCUCCUAUGAGAUCUGCCUGAAGGAGAAGAGGUUCCGGGAAGAUUUCAGGCCGCUGCUUCCAGGCUGCACGUGUUACUGUUGCCGCAACCACAGCCGCGCCUACGUCCACCACCUCCUGAUCUCUAAGGAGCUGCUGGCCGGCAUCCUGCUGAUCAUACACAACUUCCAGCAUUAUUUCAGCUUCUUCCGCUCUGCGCGGGCGGCUCUGAGAGACGGCAAACUUCAUCUCCUCAAAGAGGCCAUCCAGAGACGGGCACCCUGAGUCCACAGCCAAUCCGCACCUCUGUGUCUGCGUUCCACUCCAGUAACCCACAG